AUCUUGUUUAUAGAUAGAUUUUUAUUCAUCCCCCGCCGUACUCGUAAAUACGUUGAAUACCGAUACCGGAUUCUUGCAUCUGUAGUAUAUUCGUCCUAAAUAGUAUGCUUGAAAAUGAUACAUGACAUUUUGUUUACUUUGUUUUCUUCCAAUUCUGAUUUACCAAUCGAAAACUUUACGAUUCCAGAGGUUGCGUCAAAAUUUCUGCAUCCAGGAGAAAUUAAAAUACUGGAAGAUUUAAUUCAGAUUGCCAACCAAUAUAAAGAGCUAAAAAAAUUCAUUCAUCAGUAUGGCACCCAAUCGGCCGGUUUGAUCAAACCAAAACAGCAGAAACCAUCGGAAGAACCUUUGCAGCAAGGAUUGUAUUUGCAAGCGUUUGCCGAUGGGCUUGACUUAGCAGUGAAACCCUACCGUGAUUUGUUGGUUCAACUGGAAGCUAAUUACCUGAAACGGCCGAACCUGUCGCUGAUCUUCAUAUACCAUCAGGUGAACCAGUAUCAGGCACUGUUCGGGUUCCUUCUCCGGCUUGUAAGUGGCGUGCUAACGCAGCGGAUUCAUGGCUGUGCCCUGCUGCAGUAUCUUCAGCAGCACUGCCUGCACGGAAAUGAGAAACAUUACCAGGCUAUUAAACUGAUUCAAAAUGCGGUUUACGCAAUUUUUAUCAAGCAACUUUUCGGCUGGCUACUGCAUGGAAAAUUUGUGGAUCAGUACUGUGAAUUUUUCAUCCAGCACGUGGAUAGUUCUCGAAGCGUUCCUGAAUCUCUGAUGUACGAUAGAAGUAUGCGUAGUGGCGGGACCACCCAAGUUUCGGUUAAUACGUUUUCGGAUAACACUAGCAUCAAUACUGAAUUGUGGCGUUAUGAAAUUAGAAGGGAGAUUUUGCCGUACUAUUUUCCCGCUAGCUGGGCCGAGAAGGUUUUAUUUAUCGGUCAAACUGUUCUGAUGUUGAACUGUGACCCAAGAGAGGGUAGCGAGAGGAAAGGUAAUCAAGAAAAGAAAUUUGCUGCUGUAAAGGAGAGCCUUUGGGGUGAAAUGGAGUACGAGUUUUUCAAGAAGUUUCAUCAAUUGCAAAUGGAUGAGAAUUUGAAUAUCGCCAAAUUUGAAAACAUCGUCGACGAAAUCAAGCUUUGUGUAACGGAGCAGAUGUCGGAAAUAGCUAUCAAAGAGGCAGAUUUGAUGAAGCAGCUUAGGCUGAUAAAAGAUUACUAUUUGCUUGGUAGAGGAGAAUUGUUUUCGGAAUUGCUGAAACAGACGCGGUCAUUGAAAACAUUGUUUUCUAAAGGCAUUACCGACGGGUCGUCAAGAGAUUUGAAUCGUGCAUUCCAGUUGGCGGCAAAUAGUGUUAAUAUAACUGAGGAUAUAGAACAGUUUUCCUUCGUGUUACCACCGAAGGAAGAAGUCGAGAGCCUUUGCUAUGAAACCAAAGGAAUUUUAAGCUACAUAACGCUAAAAUAUAAAGUGAAAUGGCCCUUGCAUUUGCUUUUUUCUCCGAAAACGUUGGAUAAAUACAAUGAAAUGUUUCGAUUCCUGUUGCGCAUUCGAAAGAUCCAAUAUGACAUUCAUCAGGUGUGGUCUUUCCAGCGGGAGUCUAAAGUCAAAAAGAACUCCGAACUACUGCAAUUUCGAAACAAGCUGAUGUUCUUGAUAGACAACCUUCAGUACUAUCUGCAGGUGGACGUUCUGGAAAGCCAGUUUAGUAUUUUAAUGGCAGCCAUCGGAGAAACGAAAGAUUUCGAACGCAUUCAAAGGGCACAUACCGUUUUUCAGGCUAAUGUGCUGGGUUUGUGUUUUCUGUUGUCCAGUGCACCGAAUGUGGAUGCGACGUGCGCCCCAUCGGUUAUUCACAUUAACGAGAACCCUGUGCUCACUAUUUUGGAUAAAGUUUUGGUGAUUGUGGACAAAUUUUGCUCUUUUUGUGUUAGUUGCAAAGAUCCGAUGACUAAAAUUGAGAGGCAGGAAUUCAACGGAUAUGAUCAGGCAUUCAAUAAUCAUGUCGAUUCACUGCUAAAGCUUUUGAUUGGACUGAAAGCUGGACCCAGCAGUGCGCCACUUUCUCAACUUUUACUGCGAUUGGACUUCAAUCACUGGUUUAGUAACAAUACUCAGGUUACAGAAGCGACGUAAUUUAAUGUUAUUUAUUGAUCAACUUCCAUUUUUUGCAAGUGAGCUUUCAUCAAGAUGCAUUUGGUCAUAACACAAUCGCAAGGUAAGCUAUGCUCUUCCUUUUCGGCGUCCAGUAA